UUGGGCCUUCUGCUCCUCUGUACUCCGCAUGGCGGAACCGGCCUGCACACCAAGGGGGCCCUUCCCCUGGAUACGAUCACUUUUUACAAGGUCAUUCCCAAAAGCAAGUUCGUCUUGGUGAAGUUCGACACACAGUACCCCUACGGUGAGAAGCAGGAUGAGUUCAAGCGUCUUGCUGAAAACUCGGCCUCCAGCGAUGAUCUCUUGGUGGCAGAGGUGGGGAUCUCAGAUUAUGGUGACAAGUUGAACAUGGAGCUGAGUGAGAAAUACAAGCUAGACAAAGAGAGUUAUCCAGUCUUCUACCUCUUCAGGGAUGGGGACUUUGAGAACCCAGUCCCAUACAGUGGGGCAGUGAAGGUUGGUGCCAUCCAGCGAUGGCUAAAGGGGCAAGGGGUCUACCUAGGUAUGCCUGGUUGCCUGCCUACAUACGAUGCUCUGGCUGGGGAGUUCAUUAGGGCCUCUAGUGUGGAGGCCCGCCAGGCCCUCUUGACACAGGGGCGUGGCAGCCUCUCAAGUGUGAAAGAGACUGAGAAGAAGUGGGCUGAGCAAUACCUGAAGAUCAUGGGGAAAAUCUUAGACCAAGGGGAGGACUUCCCAGCAUCAGAAAUGACCCGGAUUGCCAAACUUAUAGAGAAGAACAAGAUGAGCGAUGGGAAGAAGGAGGAGCUCCAGAAGAGCUUAAACAUCCUGACUGCCUUCCAGAAGAAAGGGGCUGAGAAGGAGGAGCUAUAAAAAGGCCCAGUAGGGUUUUCCAGUGUUUGGUGGGGGUGGGGUGGGGUAGGGAGGGGAGACUUACCUGCUGGCUGCAAGACCCUUGUUGGAUUGUAAGAGAGUGAAGGGAAAAAUGGUACUGCACUGGAAUUCUGAGCCUUGAUUAUGCUUGGACAUUGAUGCUGAUGUGACCAUGCUUGGGACAUCUAGAUAACCAGUCUGAGGAGAGGUGGAACGCUUAAACAGAUGGCAAGUGCCCCUCAGAAGGAAUAGGUGCUUACAGUCCUUGACAGGUAUAAUUCUAAUCCAAUUAAAGUUUCAGUGUUUUGGGUAAGUGGA